GUCGUCAAUGCUCGCUCGCAGAGGAAGAAGUGUGUGCGUCGCUCUUCACAAAAAACACUCGGGACGAAAUGUAAAAAAAAAGACAGUUGGAUUUUGUGAAGGAUUGGAGAUAACAUGAUGCUUUGGUUUAAUUUCCCCCUCCUACUUAUGUGAGACGCGGUUCCUCGUGGUAGACAGGGAAACGUUUUUUUGUGUUUGUUUAUUUUUUUCUCGUGUGUCUUUGGAGGAGUCGAGGGAGAGAGAGAAUAGAAAAUUCCCUUCUACUCCCGUGUUUCGCGACCAACCCCCUUCCCAAGGCGCCACAGCUCCUCCUCACUUCCCAGAGCCCCCCCUCUGUGGUUUUUCUGAGAUAAAUCGGCCAGACGAAGUGGCAAAUGUGUAACAAGAUGAGCGAGAAAGAAGGCAAGGAGGAGGAGAGCGCGCCGUUGAUCGAGGAGACUUCGCAGUUGCUUAACCCUUUCGUGCAUCGCCUGGAGCUCAACACGGCCUAUGACAAGUUCAAGCUGGUGCUCAUGUCCAUCUUCGUGGUCCCCGUGCGGGUGGUGGGCAUCAUGAUCACCCUCCUGGUGGCCUACAUCUUGGCCUCCGCCGGGCUGUGGGGGCUGUCCAGGGACCAGCUCGCCGCGCGGCCCCUCAGCGGCUGGCGUCG